UCCAUCCGUCCAGCUUAAUUAUUCAAAAUGGUGGAGCACAGUAGGGUCCAGUGUGCUGGUACUACCAAUGAGACAGACAUUGCGCAUGGUUCGUCUUCUGUGAAUUGUGUGAUGCAAGGAAUAAUUGGAUUUGGAUAUGAGAAGCCUGUGACGCUUCACGUCACGUCCUUGGUCCUUCUCCAGUCUCCAUGGAGGAGAAACUCCAAUGGCUGUGCUUGUCUUGCCUCAUGGUCUUUGCCUCCUUCUUUUCCCUGUCUGGGAGUACGUCGGCUGCUCACCACCACCAGCGAGACGUCCUCCACCCGGUGGUGCUGCUGCCAGGCUUCUCCUGCGGCCAGAUCGAGGCCCGCCUCACCGACGCCUACGACUCGCCGUCGCCACUCUGCGGAGUACGCAAGGGGGACGGCCGGUGGUUCCGGCUAUGGAAGAACAGCACGGGCCUGCAAGACCUCCCCGACGUGCCGUGCUUCGCCGACCAGCUCCGCCUGGUUUAUGACCCCACGGCCGGCGACUACCGCAAUGUGCCCGGCGUCGAGACCCGCGUCCUCUCGUUCGGCUCCACCCGCGGCUUCCUCUCCGACGACCCUGCCGACAAGGAGAUCUGCAUGGGAAGGCUCGUGGAGGCGUUGGAGCGAAUCGGGUACAUCGACGGCGAGAGCCUCUUCGGCGCUCCGUACGACCUCCGGCACGCGCCCGCCGCGCCGGAGCUGCCCAACAGGGAGUUCUCCAGAUUCCGCCGGAGUCUGACGGCGCUCGUGGAGCACGCGAGCAGGAGGAACGGGGGCAAGCCGGCCAUCCUCGUGUCGCACAGCCAGGGCGGCCUGCUCGCGCUCGAGUUCCUCAAUCGGAGCCCCCUGGCGUGGCGCCGGAGGCUCGUCAAGCACUUCAUCAUGGCCUCCACGGGCGCCGGCGGGAUCGUGGUCACCAUGAAGGGCCUCGCCGCCAGCGACGGCGCCGGCGUCCUGUCGAUGCGGCGCGUCAAGAGGAGCUUCGAGUCGGCCUUCGCCGGGCUGCCGUCGCCCGCGGUCUUCGGCGGCGAGACGCCCCUGGUCGUCACGCGGGCGAGGAACUACACCGCGCGCGACAUGCCGGAGUUCCUGUCGGCGGCCGGGCUCCCGGCGUCCGCCGUGAGCCUGUACCUGUCGCGGGCGCUGCCGGUGGCGCUCAACCUGAGGGCGCCGCUGGUGCCCAUGACGUGCGUCAACGGCGUGGGCGUGCCCACCCCGGAGAAGCUGGUAUACUGGGACGGCGACGUCGACAAAGACCCUGAGGUGCUGCACGGGGACGGCGACGGAGUGGUCAAUCUGGCGAGCAUACUUGCCCUGGACGCGGUUUUCGGUGAGGAUCCGGGGCAGCGGGGAUGCUACAGGUCUAUCAAAAUGGCAAACACCACCCACAUCGGCGUCGUGUCGGAUGCUUUCGCCGUUGAGCGUCUAGUCCAUGAGAUUCUUGAAGCAGGUCGCGCCAACCAGACAUGUGUGCUACCCACUGCCGGCCACUGGCCACUCAGAAUAUGAGAAAGAAUGCCCAUCUUCUUUUACCUUUAUCUUCCAAAAGCCAGCUUGAUCAUCAAAUUUUUGUGGUUUCUCUAGAUCUCAUCUAGAUGAGAAUUAGCUAUCUUGUAUAUUCAUUAUAUUAUUGGAUUGGAGAGGGAACGUGAUGCAUCUGGGCAAAGACACAUUUUUAUAUCCCUCACCGUUCGGGCGA